GGCCCGCCCCACUUGCACUUCCACAGCGCUAGAAUCCCCUGCAAGCAGCCUCAACAGCUCCAGCAAGCAGCCUUGUCGUGCGGGCAUGGAGGGGCCGCUACCGGCGGCGCUGCCUGCGACGUCAACUGACCCCAAACCAUGGAUGGCGUCAGUGGCCAUUGUUCUCGUCCACCUCUCGCAACAACAUGUAGAGACAGACACACACCCACGACCCCACGCACCCUCAAGCAGCCAUGGAGCAGCAGGCGCCGCAGGAGUUCAUCCUCGAGGCCUUCGCAGACCCUUCUUCCGUCCGUGAUGUCGUCAGAGGCAUUCUUCACACAAUCUUCUUCCACCGCUUCUUCCCCUCGCUCAGCCCAAACGCGCGCGAGGUCCUCGACCUCUCGCUGCCCUAUGUCGAAGAUGCAGAGCUCGACACAAUGAUCGAGAAGCGCGCCGGCGAGCUCUCGCGCGACCUCGACGCAACCCGCACAACCCACCCUUCCUCCACAACCCCGACGUCCUCGUCCUCGCGGCCCGGCAGCAGCAGCAACAGCGAUCGCAACCACCACUACCGCACCCAGACACACCCCGCAGCCAUCGUGCCCUCGUCCUCCUCCUCCUUUUCAUCAGCAAAUCCUGCCGCCGCCGCCGCUGGCAUAACUGGGACAUCAGGAAACGCCCCCGGAUCGACCCCGACCGGCGGCGGGCGCGGCACCAUGAGCGUCUCCUUCUUCGAGAAGAAGCGCCGGAAAGCGUGGUACAUGCGGGCCGCGGGUGACGAGGAGGUCUGCUGGGAGCGCUGGACGAUCAAGGUGACGGUCGCCGAGCCGCGCACCGACGGCGAGCGCGCAAAGGUCCGCAAGGCAAUGGAGCACACCCUCCUCACAGCCGUCAUGAAGAUUGUGACCUGCGUCAACACGCACAGGGACCACAUCCCCCCCAUCACCACGUCCGAGGCCAACCCGUUCCCCUAUCAGAUCACAGUGAACCAGAAGGAUGCUGGCUGGGCGACCAGGAUGGGUAUAUACUGAGCCCAUCCCGCACAAACUGGCGUACGUGCCUUGUCGUACAUGGAUUAUUAUUUUUCAGCGAUGGGUCAGUGAUUUGUGCGUAGUUCAGUGGCGUUGGCGUUGUGCUAUUGGCGUUUUAUCAUAUUUUUCCCCCAUACUUUUCAUAGACGAGCUAUCAGAUCCCCAUAAAGCCAGACGAGGCGCAUAUUUUUCUCGAAAUGACACCCAAUCAACCAGCUCAAAAUAAGAACAAUAUGAAUAGCAACCGUGAAAUGCAGCAUAAAAUGCAGUUGGAAUUGG